AAAGAUAAACGUUUUCAUAAAUUGGACAGUUCCUCCCAACUGUGAAGCUCCAACAAACAUUUCGGAAGCUCAAAGGUAAACAGUGAAUUAACAAUAAAAAACACCAGAAUUUGUUGAAACGAUGAGCAGUGAAAGGAGAAUUGGGGUGGCUUUGGAUUUCUCUAAGGGAAGUAAGAUCGCUCUCAAAUGGGCUAUUGAUAAUCUUCUCCGCAACGGCGACACACUAUUCAUCAUCCACAUCAAGCACGGCCAAGGCAGUGAAUCCCGAAAUCUUCUAUGGUCCACCACUGGAUCACCACUGAUUCCGUUGUCGGAGUUUCGUGAUAAGGAUGUGAUGCAUCAUUAUGAGGUGGAUUCUGAUGCCGAGGUGUUGGACCUGCUUGACACCGCUUCUAAGCAGAAACAGGUGGCUGUGAUUGCAAAGCUGUACUGGGGCGAUGCAAGGGAGAAAAUUUGUGAAGCUGUUGGGGAUUUGAAGCUUCACUCUUUGGUCAUGGGUAGCAGAGGCUUAGGUGCCAUACAGAGGGUGUUGCUGGGGAGUGUGACCAACUAUGUCACCAUAAAUGCAAGUUGCCCUAUAACGAUUGUGAAAGACUCUGCCCCUUCCACUAUCUGAUAUGCUACUGAACUUGAUUGGUCUUGCAAUCGGUUGUUCCAUCUUCAUCAGUGACCAGACUGUGUUUUCCUCCUUCGUCUUACACAUGUGUAGUUGGGAUUUUGAACACACUUGAAGUUAAGGAUUCGCCAAGCAAAAUGUCUAGUGUUGUUAGCACUCUCUUUUAAGUGCUUGGUUAUGACCAAAAUUGUGCUUAUAAAUAAGGUUUGUGUUGGAUCUGUACUGAACUUACAAGUGCAAAUGAUGAUGUGGUGGUGUUAAAUGUUUGAUACUCUA